UUCACCGCGCUCCCAACGCCUCCACCGUGUCCUCGCGAAUCCGGAAUCCCCAGGCCCCAGCACUCACGCCCAAGUCAUGGUCAUGACUUCCCUGCAUCCUGACCCUGUCCCUGCAGCCGUAUAUAACCACCACGCGUCCACGCCCGCACUUGCACUUCAAUCCCCUUCCUCGCCUUCCUCGUGUGCGGUCGUUGCGUUUGCCAUGGCCGUGCAGGCGAGGCACCUCCCCCACGACUUCCCGCCGGUGGGUGGCUCCCUGUUCUUUGACGAGUACGCCGGGUGCGUGCCAACGGCGCCGGCGGGGAUGGUGACGGACACGACGCUGCUCAGCGACCUCCCAGGCAGCGAGCUCACCGGCAACUAUGGCUUUGUGCCGAGGAAGAGGGCGCGCGUGGGCGUGGCAGACUCGCGAGGCUCUUUCUCGGACUUGGAGGAUCAACGCGUGGCUCUGUCCCCGCCCGCGGCGAUGCAGGGGCUGCUACCACUGCCGGUGGCGGUCGGGGACGCGCAGAGCAGGACGAUGGGCUCCGGCGCGGCGUCCACCAGCGGGAGGGCGGCCAAUGGCGCAACCCUCUCGUUUUCCCACCUGGGCGGGGAGAUCGACGCGCUCAUACGACACGAGAGCGAGAGGAUGCGCGCGGGGCUGGAGGAGGCCCGGCGGAGGCACGCCCGGGCGCUGCUGGCCGCCGCGGCGCGGGCAGCGACGGGGUGGCUGCGCGCGGCGGAGGCCGAGGUGGAGCACGCACUCCGGCGCAACGCGGAGCUGGAGGAGAAGGCACGGCAGAUGGCCGCGGAGUGCCAGGCGUGGAUGGGCGUCGCCAGGAGCCACGAGGCCGUCGGCGCCGGCCUCCGCGCCACCCUCGACCAGCUCCUCCAGUCGCCCAGCUGUGCCGCCGCGUUGGUGGGUGAUGUCGGCGAGGCCGAGGACGCGCGGUCGUGCUGCUUCGAGGCGGCGCCGCCGCCGGCCGCGGCGGCGCGAUCGUGCAGGUCGUGCGGCGGCGGCGAGGCGUGCGUGCUCCUGCUGCCGUGCCGGCACCUGUGCCUGUGCCGCGCUUGCGAGGCCGGCGUGGACGCGUGCCCCGUCUGCGCGGCCGCCAAGAACGCUUCGCUCCUUGUCCUGGUCUCUUGAAGCCUACGGCGUCCGUCCGUCCGUCCGUGCACUGUGCACAUGCCGGCCAAGAGCCCAAGACCCAGGAGGCAAGGAAGGUGUUUGUCUACCAGAGCAUGGUACUGCAUGCCGUACUGGUACAUCGUGUACGUCCGCCACUUGAGCGUCUACGCCACGCCGUCUGCUUUCCUUGACUUUGCAAGGUUGCAAAUGUUCAUGCUGGAAUCGGAGAUUGUUAAGCGAUCGAAAGUGCCACGGCACCAAUCAUGUGUGCUCAGUUACAUGGAUCGGAGGCACCGGACCGGCAGGAACGGAGAGUUUGGACAAGCAGUGUCGGACGAGCAACAAUGGUCAUUCGCAAAAGGCCAGCGCCAUCAGUCAGUUUGAGGCGGCACUCGCUGACGCUAAUCGAGCUGCCACAGUUGCGUGAUGGAAGAGAUGAGAUGAGACGAGACGGGAAUAUGGGAUGCAACGAACGCAACCGACACCGGGAGCAGCUAGCAGCGGUGGCACGCCCCACAGCCCCCAUUGCAUGUGCGGCGACGGAUCCGGCACGUUCGCGGCGUGGCUACGUCGUCCCAUCGGCCAACGCCGUGCGGUGACCUGCGGUAGCAGUAUGCUUGGACGGAUGGGCACGUAUCUGGAUGGGCACGAUAAUUGGUGAUGUCGAGGCUUUUGGCGCGGAAAGGGAUCGGCGAACAAUGGGUGAUGGACACGGCCGAGAAAACGCAUCGUGUCGCCGUCGGUCGUCGCUACCUGCUGCUGCUGCUGCCGCCGCCGGUCGUUGUAUUUUCCAUGUUUUUCCUUGUCCAUUUCCUGCAUGUCUAUCCUCCCGAGCACGAGGUUGCUUAUUUAAGUUGCAGAUAACAGUAUGUAAGAGGUCCCCUUCAACGUGACAUGCGUGAUUAAUGUUCAUGAUCCAUCAAGAGUCCUUCGUUUUGGUUUUCUAGUCGCUGGAAUCUUCCGGUGCUACAAUUGUGACAGGGAAAUGUGUGCCAACAAGUACUGAAUGGGAAUUUGGGGUGAACAUUAUGCAUAAA